AUGACUACCAUCGCCGCCAAGAAGCCCCGCGCCCAGAGAACAAAGCGUGUCCAAGUCUACCUGCGCGUGCGCCCGAUGGUGGCGUCCGAGGUCGAGCGCAAGGACGCCCCGCUCUCGCUUACGGAGCCCGACCCGUCGCAGCUCACUCUGACGACGCCGCCAACGCCCAAUGACGACAUUGAAUUCGUCGAGGUCCUCGAUGGCAUCAUGGUGCCCAAGUCCAAGCCGAAGCGGACGCGCACAUUCCGCGGCCUCAGCGGUACGUUCCGCGAAGCGUCCACCAACGCCGACAUCUACGCCGCUGUCGUCGCGCCGCUCGUCGACGAAGCCCUCGCCGGCCGCGCCGCCUGCUGCUUUGCCUAUGGCCACACCGGGUCGGGCAAAACCCACACUAUCCUUGGCUACAACGACGAGCCUGGCUUGUACCGUCUCGCAUCCCACGCACUCUUUGCAGCCAUCGCCGCGGCCAACGAGCUCAUCGACGUGGACGCGGACCGACUCCACGUGCAAGUGCGCUUCAACGAGAUCUACAACGGCGACGUGUACGACCUCCUGAACGACCGCGCCAAGUGCUUUGUGCGCGAGGAUGAGCUGGGAAAGGUGCACAUCCGCAGUGCGACGACCACGGGCGACGACGGACUUGUGUACACGUCGUCGUCGACGACCAAGGCAGCGUCGAGCCUCGACGAUCUCACGGCCAUUGUUGCCGACGGUCUCGCGACGCGCAAGACGGGCAACUCGAACGUGCAUGCGCAGAGCUCGCGGUCGCACGCAGUGCUGGAAGUUGAGCUUGUCACGACCACGCAACUCCAGCUCGCGACUGAGCUUGAGACGGCACUGGCAAACACCACCCGCGUCGGCCAUGAGCGCGACUCGCUCGAGAUGGGCAUCUUUGUGCGGCAGCACGACAAGGUUGAGGGCAAGUGGGUGCGCAAGCCGGACGCCGUCGGUGCCACAACCGACGAGUGCGACCUCCUCCGGGCGUUGGCCAAAGAAGUCAAGGCGCAUAAGGAGCGUGCGUCGCACCUACGAGAAGCCUCGAAUGAGCUCAAGGCGCAGGCGAACGCCCUUGGGGGUGCCUUGAUCUUUGUGGACCUCGCUGGAUCGGAGCAUGCGGGUCGCACCAGCGACGGCAUCGUCAAGAGCGAGACCGAGCAAAACGAGUGUCGCGAAAUCAACAAGUCGCUCAGCGCCCUCCAAAGCUGCUUCCGCGCCCAAGCCAAGGGCCUCGCCAGUGGCACCACGUAUCGAUCCUCCAAGCUCACCAUGGUGCUCCGGGACCACCUCCGGUCGGCAGGCUCGACGACGCGCAUGAUUGCAACGCUGUCGCCGUCGAGCGCGCACACGACCCAGACGAUCCAGACGCUGCAGUACGCACAACUGGUCGGCCAAGUGUAG